AUGGGUCUAGUCCUGCCAGUAACGGCACUUAACGAAAUCCUGCAUUCAGGCGCCAAAUUGCAGACCAAUCUUUUUGACGUUUUGUUAUGGUUUCGGUCUCAUAGAUACGUUUUCUCAACGGAUAUUACUAAAAUGUACCGACAGAUCUCGAUUCAUAAGGAUGAUCGUAACUUGCAACGUAUCUUUUGGUAUGAUUCUCAAGCACUUCGCGUGUUACAACAGCUUACCGUUAAUGAAGGUCAUCGGUUCCCAAAGGCUAUACCCGCGCUAACCAAGGGAAGAUACGUAGAUGAUAUCUUCGGGGGUGCCGAAUCGAUUGACGAAACGAGGGAGAUAAUAGCUCAGGUAACGCGUCUUUGCAUGGCGGGCGGAUUCCCUUUACAAAAGUGGAGUAGUAAUCGCCCGGAGUUGCUCGAUAGCUCGGCGACAACGCCUGGUUCUAAUGCUCCCUUCGUGGAUUUAGGUUCCCCUCGAGUCAGAGUGUUAGGCCUUUGUUGGCAUUCACACUCGGAUACCUUUACGUACGCAUCGGUCCCGUCUUCUCAUAAAAAUAUCACAAAGAGAUCUGUUUUGUCGGAGACAGCUCAGAUAUAUGACCCUUUGGGCCUCAUUGCACCAGUAUUAAUACGAGCAAAAAUCCUCAUUCAGGAACUUUGGUUAUUGAAAAUAAAAUGGGAUAGUCCCUUGCCUGCUGAGCUUCAGGAUCGGUGGUCGGCAUUUAAACAACAAUUACGGACUCUUAACAAUUUAAAUAUCCCUCGAUGGAUUAACAUUUCUUCAAACGCUGUCUCCAUCCAGUUGCAUGGAUUCUCUGACGCAUCUCAACUCGCAAUGGCAGCGGUAGUUUAUCUUAGAGUCGAAACUCCAGACACCGAAAUUCAGGUCAAUAUUGUGUGCGCCAAGACGAAAGUUGCGCCAUUGAAAAAACUCACCGUGCCUCGUCUUGAGCUAAACGCCGCGUUAAUGCUGACCCGACUUAUCGUUUUAGUGCGAGAUGCCUUAGCUUUAGAGGAUAAUUCAAUCUUUCUUUGGGCUGACUCGUCCGUCGUCCUCACUUGGGUUUCCUCUCACCCCGCGAGAUGGAAAGAUUAUGUCCGUAAUCGAGUGACGAUUAUACAGGAAUUAGUGCCCUCCACUACCUGGCAUUUCGUCUCAGGCAAGAAAAAUCCCGCCGAUUGUGCGUCCAGGGGACUGAGCGUCCCCGAUCUUGUGCAGCAUUCAUUGUGGUGGUCGGGGCCUCCGUGGCUGUGUCAGGCGUCGGACUGUUGGCCUCGCAUGAACACCAUUCCCGUUGCCGACAAGAAUCUGGAAGAAAGGUCAAAUCUGAUACUUACUUCGCGUCACGACAGCCAGUUCACCCCGUGGGAUCUUCUUGAGCGUUACUCUUCUCUUACUAGACUUUUUAGAAUCACAGCCCUAUGUAAACGCGUAGUCAGUCGACUUCGGCGCUUGCCUUUAGCAUCUUGGGGAGAGCCCCUAACUCCCGCAGAACUUGUACAAAGUCGUCAAUUCUGGAUAAGCCAAGUACAAAGGAGUCAUUUUUCGCAUGACAUUACGAUAUUGUCAAGGAGAGGAAAUUUGCCAAAAUCCAGCCUUUUGCUUCGACUCACGCCGUUCGUGGAUGAGAUAGGUCUCCUUCGUGUAAGAGGGCGGUUACGACAUGCUCCUUUGGAAACGGAUGUUAAGCAUCCAUUCAUUUUACCCAAGCUCUCACAUCUUACGACUUUAGUAAUCGCUGAUGCUCAUGCUCGAACUUUGCACGGUGGAACUCAGGUCACGUUGGCGUAUACCCGCCAACAGUAUUGGAUUCUAGGCGGACGAUCUCCUGUCCGCGCCUUCAUCCUUAGAUGCAUGAAAUGCGCCCGACACCGUGCUCAACAGCUGAUGGGACAGCUCUCGGUCACGAGAAUAACACCCUCUCGCCCUUUUUUACAUACGGGAAUCGAUUAUGCAGGUCCGAUGAAGAUAAAGACUUGGCGAGGGCGGGAGGCCAAGAUGUACAAGGGCUACUUAGCUAUUUUCGUCUGCUUCUCUACUUCCGCCGUGCAUAUUGAAGUGGUUACGGACUACUCUACUGAAGCGUUUAUCGCAGCAUACAAACGAUUUACCGCUCGACGCGGAAUUUGUGCUACCUUAAACAGUGACUGUGGUACCAAUUUUGUCGGUGCUGAUCGAGAAUUAAGACAACGAUUCGACUCAGCUUCUCAAGAGUUAAAGGAACUAGCAUCCAUCCUUAUCAAUCACGGUACGGAGUGGCGAUUCAUCCCACCAGCCGCGCCGCACUUUGGAGACAAGUGGGAGGCCGCGGUUAAAUCGACUAACAAAGUCAUCGGCGACUCAACGCUUACGUACGAAGAGCUUACAACUCUUGUGACUCAAAUCGAGGCCGUGUUAAACUCGAGGCCUCUUAGUCCUUUGUCAGCGGACGCUGACGACUACACCGCGCUCACUCCCAGUCACUUCCUUCUAGGUGAGGCUCCUAACGUGAUACCAGAACCGAACCUCAUAGAAGAGUCAGGCUCCCAGCUAAACAGAUGGCAGCUCAUCAGACAGAAAGUGGAACACUUCUGGAAGCGAUGGAGCGUUGAGUGUUUACAACGUUACCAAUCCAUCUCCAAGUGGCACCAUCCAUCGACUCUAAUUAAGGAAGGAUCCUUAGUAUUGGUAAUCAAUGAGCGAUACCCUCCAGCGAAAUGGCCACUGGCUCGGGUUAUUAAACUACAUCCCGGUGAUGACGAUCUGACGAGAGUCGUUACCGUGCGAACGGCUACCACAACCUUCAAGCGACCGAUCACGAAGAUCUGCAUCCUACCCUGUAGUUAG